AUGGGUUCAACGUCAAUAAGCUGCAAGCUUUCCGAGGAAGUGAAACUCAAUGAAGCGGAAGAUAGGAUUUCUAAUUUACCCGAAGACAUUAUGGUUUGUACUCUCUCUCUUCUUCCUACAAAUUAUGCAGUAGCAACCAGCAUUUUAUCCACGAAAUGGAAGCGGAUGUGGACGUCAAUUACCGAUCUGGACAUUGAGUUUCUCGAUUCAAAAGGCCGUGGUAGCCGGUGUGAAAAGAGUUUCGUUAAGUUUGUCCACCAUGUGCUGCUUUCAUUAGACGGGUCAAACCUGGACGGGUUUCGCGUCAGCUGUGAAGGAGUUUCUCCAUGCUUCAAGGCUUCACAUGUUAAAUCCUGGGUUACGACACGACAGCAGUUUCAUGUGGUACUGAAAUUGGGUUAUUGUUUUUUUCUACCGGUUCCAAGUUUAGUUCGUCUACAGAAUCUUAAGACACUCCUCCUCCAUUCAGCUGUAUUUAGGGAUGGAGAUUCAGCCUAUAGGCUCAUUUCUAGCUGCCCUGUCCUCGAGGAUUUAUCCUUGAUCAAAUGCAGAGGGAGAGAUUUUAGGCUUCUAAAAAUUUCGGCUCCUUUACUGAAGAGGUUAGUGGUUUCAUAUCUAGAACCAGCUUGUUACUGGCCCGAUGAUGUUCUUUAUCAUACUUUUGAGCUAUACUCCUUUGACAAUACGGAAGAACCAGAUGAGGACGAUUUCAAACUGUCUUUCGAAUUCCUACUGCAUCAAACUCUCAAACUUCCAACGUUUCACAAUUUGACUAGGUUAGAGCUCGGUGUGAACAAUCGUGUUCGCUGGGUAUUACUUCCAUAUUUACUUGAAAGCUCACCAAACUUAACAAGUCUUGUUUUUGUUGAGGGACUUUUGCACUAUUACCGGUACGGUGACAGUGACCCUGGCAUUUGGGAUUGGCAUCCUCCUGAGAAUGUGCCUGCUUGUUUGUUGUUUAGCCUCGAGACACUGGACAUACGAAAAUUCCAAGGGCAACAGCGGGAGCUGAAGAUUGUGAAGUACUUUUUGAGUAAUGCGAAAUCGUUGAAGACGCUGAGCAUAAGCUGUGAAAAGCGUAAAAUGAAAAGAGAGAUGUUAGAGGUUAGGAGGGAGUUGCUGGAAACACCAAGGGGUUCAAGAAUUUGUGAAGUUGUGGUUUCUUAGUUCGAGAAUGCUCACUGACAUAACUAGAUUCGGUUGGUAACCUGGUUUUCGAUCAUCUUCUUGUGCAGGAAUUUGGAUUAUUGAGUGAGUUUAUUUAUUGUGCACACAUUGUGAAGUUUUCAGAGGUAUUGUGGCAAUUCGGUUCGGAAUAGGCGACUGUUGCAAGAUUUCUUUUGAGGUUGCACUUGCCUCUAGACAUGGACAUUCGGUAAUUCUGUAUAAAAAAAAAAAAUUGACAAUCGGUGGGUUGUAAGUGUCUCUAGACACAGGCAUUUGCUAACUAUGUAUAAAAUGACAACCGGAAUCUUGUUUAGUAUUUUAAAGUAGUAGGUACACAGUUAAGCAACAUCAAUGGGUCACGUUUUUUGUUGAGCUAUUUGUUUCGUGUUCUACUUUAACCUAGGCGUAAUGCCUGGUACUAUGAUGCCAAGUCUCAACACACUGGGUCAAAUGAAGAUGAAUUUUUUUCACUUUUCUCUUUUUAUAAUUGCACUUUGAAAUAAACAAUUUAAAUACGAAAUAUGGACUAAAUCUCGGUCACGCUGACAAUCCCUCAGUCGAUGUAGCGAAAAGGGAUUGGACGGUGUUGUCAAGGUUUUUUGUUGGUUCUUUUUAUUUAUACUAUAAAUUUCAUCGUGAAAAGGGAUUGGACCGUGCGGUCAAGGUCUUUUGUUAGUUCUUUUUAUUUAUACCGUAAAUUUUGUCGAUAACACAAAUAAUAUAAAAUAUUAUGGUAAUCAUAUACCGAUAAAAACAUGAACGUAACAUAUUUGUAACAGAGAAAAUUUCAAUUCAGUGUGCACGUUUAUUUUAUCAAGAUAAGAGUUUCCUAAAAUUCUGUCCAUUACCGUGAGUUUUCAACCAUAAUAAUGUUUUCAACGAGAUCUAAAAAAUUUGAACAAUUGUAAUCAUCAAUUACCCACAAAAAGCCCAACAACAAGGUCCGAGCAAGAGGAUCCUCCAUAGGGCUGCAUACAAGUCGGGCUGAGCCGAGUUUUGUUGAGUUUGAAUUCGGCUCGAGCCUUAAGGAGCCUCUUUAAUCAAGCAAAAUCACCCUUAACGACUCGAAAACUCGAGUUCGAACUUACAAGCUGCUCAGUUCAUUUGCAGCCCCACGGCUCCUCCUCCCAAAGACAUUAAUAGUAACGACAAAGUCUAGAACUUUUAAACAAAUUUUCAAACAUUAAUGCCCUCCAACAGAACUUUUUAACCCAUUAUCACAGCCAGAUGGGAUUUAGUUGGCACUUUCCCUUAAUAUACUACAAAAUCUCAAUAUAUGAUUCUGUAAUUACUCCUGCGAACUGUAAUCUCUCUGUGGGCGGGAAGAGUCCGAAGCUGAAGCCAUAUACAGGGCACCGUUCCUCAAGAAUCCCUAAUUUUCCAGAGCCAUGUCGUUCCUUGAAGAUUUUCAAGCUAG